AUGUUUGCUCUACCCAACCAUAGCGACAUUCUGGCGAAGCUUAAUGGCAUUAAAGUAGACAUUGAGAAUGCCGGACAGCAGCAAAGGGCAGGAGCCUCAUUUCACAAUGGAACAAUGAGAACUGCUAAGUCUACACUGUCAUUGGAAACCGAUUUAGAGAAGCCUGUGAGGACCAUUAACCACACUGGGAUUCGAAAUCACAAAAGCGCUGGAGAAAUUAUUCCCUUUAUUGGGCUUACAAAAACCAGUACACUGGACAGACACUGUUGUAAAAACGGAGGGACCUGCAUCCUCGGCAGCUUCUGUGCCUGCCCGAAGCAUUUCACUGGGAGACAUUGUGAGUUUGAUUCGAGGAACAGGAAUUGUGGUUCUGUAGCUCAUGGUCACUGGCUGCCCAGAAAGUGUGCUUUAUGCAGAUGCAUUUAUGGCGUUAUGUACUGCUUUCCAUCUGGAGACUGCGAUGCAAAUGAGUAUAAAGAAGAUGUCCGAAAGGUGCAGUCCAAAGCGUGGACAAUGUCUUCGUGUCCUAUUGUGAUGCUUCUGCUUGCUGCAAUUGGCACCAUACGAAUACUGUAA